AUUAGAAGUGAAAUAUUGUACAUUUUCUAUAAUGUUUUACACUGCAAAAGAAUAUGACUUGGUACUAUGAUAGACUUUAAAAUGAGAAAUUAUUUACAGUUGUGUUUAGUCAUAUUUCACAUUAAAUUAUUACAUGCAGUAAAUAUAAAUAAGCGAAUAUUCCCCUUAUAUAUAAAGAAUGGCGUCAGAUUGGAUUAUCCUUAUCAUUCUGAACAAAUUGGACAAUAUAAUUUAGUAUUAUGUGGAUUAUUGUGUACAAAUGAUGUGCAAUGUAUAGCUUCAAGUCUUUCACGUGCAGACUUUACUUGCAAAUUGCACAAAAAUGUUAUUUCGUCAGAAGUUAUUGACAGUGACGCAACGCUUGUUUAUCAAAAUGAAGCGAUACAAACAACUACAGUGACAAAUAUGCCGACCACUACAGAAACAUUUACGACAACAGAAAUGGUAACUGAAAUGAUUACUACUACAGUUAAACCAACAACUGCUGAAACUGUUGUAUCUUGGCCAGGUGGAACAUACAGUUUAAUGAAACCUGCUGUUGGAUGUCCAGGUAAUGACAUCACGUGGUUGGAAGGCAACAGGUACCAUGACACUGAAGAUGACCAACGUUACAAUGGCUAUGUUGUCUCUACAAGCAUGAGAGUUGAUCAGGACCAAUAUAGUAACAUAAGAGUAUAUUUCUGCACCAAAUCUUCAACAUCUGGAAGUGAGAGUGACUGGCCUGCUGGGAAUUAUUGUAUCAUGAAAUACAACACAUGUCCAACAGGCUUUACGGAGGGUUCAAUAACAUGGGACGAUGAAGACAACAAUGCCAAUCAGAAAACGGGGACGUUACCCUCGGGAAUUUAUAAUACAGACACUAUUAUAUACUACUGUUGUAGAAAUGAUGGUAGCGAUGUCUUAGAAGUUAAACUACCCACAGGAAAUCCAUUUUACCUUUUACGGUAUACUGGUUCGUGUCAGAAGGUAAAAUCCAUGUCUGUAUCUGAAGAAACCAUCAUGUGGGCCUGUCAGGCAGGAGGGGUUAAAUCUGUUGCGACUAUAAAACCAUAUGAAGAUGGCGCUGCUCAAUUUAUCAGACUUCAUUAUUGUUAUUAUAAUUAGUGUUGUUGUUGUUAAAACUGGCGUCUAAAGGUACAAUGUACAUAACGAAAUGGCAGAGACAUUCGAAAAGAAACAUGUAAUAUAAACAUAGCUGUAAAAAUGAGUUUUGUUAUAAGUAAUAUAUAAAAACAAUGUUCAAUAUAACCAUAGUUGUUUGGUAUUGUUUAUAAAAGCGUUCAAUAUGUAGAAUAUUUGUUUUAGCUAUUUCAAUCUUUAUAAAUUAAAGAUUAUUUACCUUAGCAACAAAUUUCAUAACUUAACACAGUAGUUGUCGUAAGAAUAGAUAAUGAAAAUAAAUGGAUUUUUGUAUUCCCUUCAACCUUCAAUGUGUUUCCAUCAAAUGCUUUAUUUUAGUAACCUCACGAAUUGUCCUAAAUGAAAUUAAUCAUACAGUUGAAAUUUUAGUAUAUGAGGGUUCAAACCAACUAUGAACAUUCUUAAUCUUUUAUUUUAUGAUAAUAAAGAUAAUGAUAUAUUA